AAAAGGUACAGUUUGGCUGUUGGUCCUCCCAAAAAAGUUCCAAAAGUCAAGGGUGUAGAGUCUGCAGCAGUGCAGGCAUUUCUCAGGCGGCAAGAAGAAGAAAAGAGAAAAAAAGCCCUGGAAGAAAGAAGAAAGAAAGAACAACUCCUGGCUAGGCGGAUUGAACUGAAGCAUGACAGAAAGGCAAGAGCUAUGGCCUCACGAACAAAGGAUAAUUUUUAUGGCUAUAAUGGCAUUCCCGUUGAAGAUAAGCCUAAAAAGAGGAGGACUUGUGAGAAUGUUGCUCAGGCCCCUGAGGCUGAGUAUGCAACAGAAGACGAAACUGAGCAACUUGAAUACAGCCAGACUGAAUCUGAGCACGAGCAAGAAGAAUAUGAAGAGAAAGCAUCCAAAGUUGUAGUGAAACCAAAGGCACCCCCCAAAAGUGCACCAGCACCUCUGAACUUUGCAGAGCUCUUGAGGCUUGCAGAAAAGAAACAGUAUGAACCAGUGGAAAUAAAACCAGUGAAAAAAGUAGAAGAGAGACCCAGAACAGCAGAAGAGUUGAGAGAGAGGGAGUAUUUGGGACGCAAAAACAAAAGAGUAGAGAUGCAUAAGAAAAGUGAGAAGGAGAUUAAGACUACAGGGAUAUCCAGUUCUUCAAAAAAAGUGUCUUCUCAAAAACCAUCUGUAAAUGCAAAACUUACUAAAAGCUCAGCAGAUAAACAUUCCACAUCCAAAAGCAGUCUGUCGCUCUCUGUGAGUGGUACUGAUAAGAAAUCCAAAGCACCAGCAUUGACUGAAAAGCACUCACGGGCAUCCUCUUCCUCCAGAUUUGAUCAAAUGGAAAAAAACCCACAAAAUGGCUCCUUAAAAAGCUCUAUGGGCAGCAGUCAUGGUAAAUUACCUGUCAAUGGUAUUAGAAAGUCUGGCUCAGGCUCUCACGUGCCACCCUCCAAACCGUUGGCCAACGGGGCUCAGAGGCUGCCAUCUGCUAAAGAAUCCAGCCUGAAAAAGUCUGCCCAUACAAAAUCAGGAAGUGCUGCAGCCCUUCAGCAUGGAGUCAACUCCAACGCAAAACGAUCAGGCAGCAGCUUAGGAAAAGGAGGACCUGGACAUCCCGGUGGCGGUUCAAGCGCAGGACCUGGGCGAUCCAGCAGCAGUUCUGGUGUGGGACCUGGAAGGCCAGGAAGUGGCUUAAGCUCAGGACCUGGGCGGUUGGGCAGCAGCUCGGCCACGGGGCCUGGAAGGCCAGGCAGCAGCUCAAGCACGGGGCCUGGAAGGCCAGGCAGUGGCUCAGGUGUGGGACCUGGAAGGCCAACUGGAAGCUCAAGCACAGCACCUGGGCGGCCAGGCAGCAGCUCAGGCGUGGGACUUAAGCGACCAGGCAGCAGCUUGGGCACUGGACCAGGAAGGCCUGGCAGCAGCACAAACACAGGACCUGGGCGACCAGGCAGCAGCCUGGGAACAGGACCAGGAAGGCCAGGAAUCAGCCCAAGCACAGGAGCCAAGCGGCCAGGCAGCAGCCUGGGAGCAGGGCCGGGAAGGCCAGGAAUCAGCACAGGCGCAGGGCCUGGGCGACCAGGCAGCAGCUUGGCUGCAACUGUAAAACCCAAGUGUACUGUGGUAUCAGAAACCAUUUCCUCUAAAAACCUCGUCACCAGGCCUAGCAAUGGGCAGAUAAAUGGAAUGAGACCUUUCCAAGGGCACAGACCUAUGCUUCAUCCACAAGGUCUUGGAAGACCACCUAUUGGUUACAAGAGACAAAUAGAAGAUGAUGAUGAUGAUGAAUAUGACUCUGAAAUGGAUGACUUCAUUGAAGAUGAAGGGGAACCCCAAGAAGAAAUAUCAAAACACAUUCGGGAAAUAUUUGGCUAUGACCGGAAAAGGUACAAAGAUGAAAGUGAUUAUGCCUUACGUUACAUGGAGAGCAGCUGGAGGGAGCAACAGAAAGAAGAAGCUAGGAGCUUGAGACUGGGUGUUCAGGAGGACUUGGAAGAACUGAGACGGGAAGAAGAAGAACUGAAGCGCAAGAGACAGACCAAGAAGCUGAGGACACGUUAA